AUGAGGAGCGAGGACGAAGAAGAGAACGACUACGAGGAGGACGAGGAUGAGGAUGAGGAGGAGCUCCGGGAUGAUGGCGGAAAGGAAGAGGCCGACUUCGAAGACGACCAGUUCGACGAUGGAGAAGGCGAUGGCGAGGAGGGCGAUGGGGAUGACGAUGAAGAUGACGAUGACGACGAUGGAGAUGGAGAUGGAGACGAUGAGGAUGACGAUGAGGACGAUGACGAUGAAGACGACGAUGAGGACGAUGACGAUGACGAUGGCGACAAUGAGGACGAUGGAGCCACCGGCCCGGCCGACCAGGAGAUGGAUGUCGAGGAGGCCGAAGUUGCCUCGCGGCGGUCCAAGACCGAGGAGCUCAAGCCCAUCGUUCCCGGCGAGCAGCCACCACCGCCGCAUAUGAUGCGCCGGAAGCUCUUCAUCCCAGGCUAUACCGAGCCGCCAUCGUCCUUGACGAUCGAGGCCAUCGUUGGCAUCCCGCUGCCGUCGGCCGUGCACGCCAUCGCGUCGACGACCUGCCUCUCGUACCUCCUCACCGGGUCGCAGGACGGAUUCGUCCGCUCGUACGACUUUUGGGGCAGCGUCAACGGCGCCCAGCUCAUGACAGCGCAGCAGCGUGCAGUCGUCGGCCUCGGUGAAGGCGUGCACAAGGCUGGUGUUGGACGAGGAUGGUGGUCGUGCGAGGUGCCAGUCACGGACAACGCCGGCGCGUCCAGCAGCAAGACGGAGCCCGUGUUCAGUCUGGCGUGCCAGCCAGAUGGCAUCUGGGCGCUGGCAGGUUCUCAGUCUGGUCCCAUCAAUCUCUACUCCCUCCGCCACGAGCCAGGCCACCUCAUCACGUCGCUCAAGGGCCACAGCAACGUCGUGUCGUGUCUCCAGCUGCUAGAUACCGAACCGCACUUCAUCAGUGGAUCAUGGGACGGAGCAGUGAAGGAGUGGGACUUGAAUACGGGCCAAGUGGUUCGGACGUAUCCUACGCACGGUGCGCAAGUAUCGUCUAUCGGACUACGACCCCUCAACGCCGCGACGUCCACCUCACCACCUCCUGAGAACGGUGACGGGCCAAGCAUAUCAGUUAAUGUCGGGCCAGACUUCUUCACGGCGGAUCAGAAGGCUGAGGAUGGGGCAGCAGCCAACGGCACGACGCCCGGGGCACCAGAACCAGCUGUUCCCGCGGCCGACGUGACGAUGGCGGAUGGCGACGCGGACGCAGAUGGCGAAGGCGAUGAUGCCAAGAGCGCAGCAUCCUACGACCCGCUCUUCGACGACGAUGAUGCAGAAGGCGAGGAGGAGUCCAAGGCAGGUGACGUGACCAUGGCCGACGCGUUGGCAGGCUCGAUCGUGCCCGCAGUCUCGACGCCGACACCAACGGUCAAACCCCCAAGCGGGCUGGGUCUCGCACUGCCCGGGGGAACGCCCAAGGCGUCGCCCGGCCUCGCGCUCCCAGGAAGCACGACGACGAAAGCGACCUCGCCGCCGACCGCCAACGGGUCAUCAGCGCCCACGCCUCACCUGUUCGGCGCCGCGGCGUCCGCACAGGCCAGCAGCUCGAGAGCAGCUGCGGCGAGCAUCCCGCUCCUCUCGCCGACAGAGUAUCGCCAGUUCUCGAACGACAUCCUCCUCACGUCGUCGAUGGACGGCCAGGUGACCCUCAUCGACCGCCGCGUGCCGUCAAGCGAGGGCGGGGAGCAGACGGGCGUCGGAAGGCUGAUGCCAGGCGAGAAGGCGCCACCAUGGUGCAUGUCGGCAACAUGGCUCGGAGACGGCAACCAGGUGCUGGCGGGCAGGCGAAACGGCACAAUCGACAUCUGGGACGUGCGCAAAGCUUCGUCCACGGCACCCAACCUCCUCCGCACGCUCAAGACACCGGCCGACUCGGGACCAAUCAGCUGUAUCGUUGCGUUCCCCGAUGGGCGGCACAUUGCCACCGCGUCGCAGGACAACAUCAGGCUGUGGAACACGCUCGAGUACUAUCAGCCCGAGGAGAGCAUCAAGAAGAGCCGCUCGCGCCCGCCAUUCCGCAUCAUUGCAGGGCACCAUGGCGGUAUCAUCUCGUCGAUGAUUGUCGACCCCACAUCGCGCUUCCUCAUCACGGCGAGCGGCGACCGUGGCUGGCAGGGCGAGAGCACAAAGGUCGUGCUCAUCCACGAGAUCAAGUGGUAGCGAGCGUGUCAAGCCGACCCGAGUUGUACUAUUGCCCUAUUCUCCACACUAUGCAUGGCGCCGUGCUGUCCGCCACCUUUGCUACAUACCCAGGCGGAAACAGGCGCCACAGCGACAAGAUGUGUUGUUGCCGUGAGCCCGAUAUGAUGUCUCUACACUUGAAUUUACCACUAUGAUGAACGGAAAGUAAAGGAAAAGGUUAUUGAGAGCCCCCGCGGUAGGGUGAGGGGCUUGGGGCUGGGUGGGGUUUGCUAUUGCUGUUGCUGUUUGCCUGCUUCUCAGUAGAACCUCAUGCCUGUAAUAGUCAGCGCUGUUCCAAACCCGACACCGCUCCUCCCUCACGGUCGACCCGAUACAGCUCCGCCAUCGCCCCAGUGUUACUACUCACGCUGCUCUGCAGAGCACGAGCGUGUGCGUCCGGAUCCUUGGGUUCGAGAAGCAAGCUAAGGUCGUAGAAGUCCGAGUCGUCGCGCUCGGCGUCGGUCAUGCCCUCCUCGAUAAAGUCCAACACAGGCUGGUACACGACCAGGUUGUAUGGCUGGGACUGGUACUGUUGAAUGUCGCGCAGCACAUCGGCCGUGAGCUGGCGCUUGAAGAAGUUGAUCAGCAGCGGGCCGCCAGACUCGUUGGACUGGCGAGGCCCGUUGGUUGCUGAUGUCGCGGUGGUAGCAGCGCUGCGCGUCGUGCCAGCCAUUGACGGUGCACGAGGGAUCGAGCUCGUCGAGGUUGACGGUGUCAUGGCGAUGGACGAAUUGUUUGGAGUCUGUGCGACCACAAAGUCCUUGUUGCCCUCCUCGAUGAACACAAGCGCCGAGAGGUAGAAACCAAAGAACGGCACGCAAGGAGGGUUGAUCGUCUUGAGCAUCUCCUUGUACUUUUGGAAGUUCUUGGUCCGGUCCAUUGUGUCCUCGAUCGCAUUGAACUCGCGCAUAGACUUGUCGGGGACCAGCUCCCACGUCUUCUUGAGACGCGUGAUACCAGAGCCAGACAGACCCGAGAAGACGCCCGCCAUGCCGGCAAAGUUGUUGAGCUGGCGAAGCUCGGUGGCAAUGGCGAUAAGAUGGCGAAGAACCAAUGAUCGCUCCCUGACGUUCCUGCUGCGAAGAAUGAGCAGCGACGUCCAGCGCGACAGGCGGUUGGUUGCCGUGAUUGUGUGCAUGAGGUUGGGGGCCAGUUCGGUGUUGUUCUCGGCUUGCCACGCCUUGUGCAUGCACUCGAUCGGCUUGAUGCGCUGGUAAUAGCCCGACUCCAUGAUUGUAAGCUGGCGCGCAAUCUCGAGAGCGGAAUAGUCGAGGAACGUCACCGGUCGGCCUGGCUGCGACUUGAUCGGCAUGGGAGCAGGAGGAGCCGCCAUGCCCUUGCCCGUCUGGCGCGCGGCGUUCAGGUCAAGGCGCUUACGGCUUCGUCCAAUGAGUGUGUCAAGCUGCCUGACAAGCAUCUCUUUCGCGCCCACUGUCCGUGCCUGCGCAAACGCCUCGACCUUGGCGAGGAGCUCCUCGUCUUGGCCUUCGACAAAGUGCUGGUCGAGCCAAGUUUUUAAGGUAUUCACAACUCUGAGGCGGAUAGGUGUCUGCUUCCUGACCGUCCACUGCAUGAGCUCUUCUUCGUUCAGCCCAGGAGGCGGCUGGAUGUCGAACCGCUCGAUUAGGAGAUCGAUGAGCUCUUCUGUUGUCACAAACGAACGGUAUGUGAGCAUGAAGGCCUUGAAGAAGUUUGUGUCGGCCGCAGUGUGCGCUGUGAGACGCUCAACCAGAACUUGGAUCGUGCCGGCCUUGAGGACGUGGUUGUCAUCUUCCACAAUCUCCCCAGGUGGGUAGGCAGUGGCGAGAUACCAGGGCUCAGACUUGCCCAUCAUGGCCAUGGGAGGAGGAGGUGCGGCAGGGGAUACAGGCGUUGAGGGCACUGCGGGCACGGAUGCCCCCUGAGUUCGAGAGAACGUGUCGUCGCCAAGCAGCUUGGCCAGCUUCUUGCUGCCCGAUCUGUUCCUGUUGGUGCGAGGCUCCUCUGGGGCAUCGCUGCUGGAACGAUUCCGGAGGAAACUGGGGACGGCCUUGAGAAUGCUGGCGCGGUUGUUCGCGCGCACACUGCCAGCCUCAGACUCUUGCUGGUACGGCAGCGACGUCUGCGAGCUGGACGCAUCGGUCGCCUUCUUGGCGGCCACGCUAGUCUGACUCGCAAUGGUCGACUGCGAGUGGCGGCGAGACGAAGGCUGGUGGCUUGACUCGAUAGAUCGGUGGCGGUUCUGAAUCUCCUCGCGUUCAA